AUGGCCUCAUCAACAACAACUGCUCCCGCCGUCCCCCCGACCCGAACGGACCUCGUCCUGAUCCCCUUGGCCGGCUCGACGUUCGGCUUCGUCUCCGGGGUGCUCACCUCGUCGCAGCUCGCUUCCAAGCAGUUCCUCGCCGAGAAUGCGCAUCGCUUGCCGACGACCGUGCAAGGGUGCGUACUCGUCACUGGCCAGACCGCUCACUCUUCCUUUUGCUCGUUUGACGCCGGAUGGAGCAGAGGCGUUGCACUCUCGGCACAAUCCAGAACUGACUGCCCCCCCCCCCCCCCCCAUUCAUCCUCCACCCCACCUUGUCAACGCCCCUUGAUUGGCCUCGAUAUUCCGUAGGUGGUAUUUCUACCAAAAGACGAAAAAUUACCGCGUGCUCUACUCGGGCGUGAUCGGUGGACUACGCACCGGUGCUCGACUCGGGCUCUGGACGGCCUCCUUCGUCGGAUUGGAACACCUCAUCCAAACGCGCUUGUUGCAACCCGUGCUCUCUUCACCGACCCUGAUCGCGUCGGAAUCGAUUCGGGAACAGGCUCGCGCGAUCAAGACGAGGUGGCUGAGUGCGACGAUCGCUGGUGUGUCCAUCGCCUGGGUCGCGGGUAGGAUAUGUCAGUUCGGGCUCAAGCCCCCCCGCCUUCACUCCAGCUACCACCGUCGAACAGCGUGCGAGGAUGAUGCUGAUUCUGCAUGUUGGUGUGGAUGAUGAUACAGACCGGCUCUCUAGAUACGCGGCCACGCGACGGUUCUUACUCGGCGCUUCAUUGGGUCUCGUGUCAGGCGCCACCUACGAUCUUCGAGAUUGGCUCAAGACCAGGCUGCCACCGCCUACAAACACCUGA